AGCCAACGAGAAUUCAGCUGCAGCUGGCCAAUGACGGAACCUCCGGGUUGAAGGGUAAAACAGCCAAUCCGAAUCAGGGUUUCAUUUGGCCGGUACGAGGAGAUGUCAUGCUGCGUUCCUGGCUGUGAGUGCCAAUUGUGCUCGGCUGGUCUCGGGAUCUCCUUUCAGUAGCAGCAAACCGUAACCCAGAAUUGUGUGCACGGAUCAGACAACUGCGGCAGCCCUAAAGUCUAGGAGCUACAGAUUAGCAGCAGCCAGGAGCAGAAACACUGGCGCAAGGGGCAUUGCAGAGAGGAUCCGCUACCCCGUCUGUUGGGGAAUGGCGUGGAUUUGUGAAUGUGAAGGGUCUUGAAGUUUUUUGCCUUCUAUCUUUUACGUGCCUUGGUGCAACUCAAGGAUUCUGUACCAAUGUGGAGACCAUAUGAACCUCUGAUUGGACCCCACCAUUUCCUGUUGUAUGAAGGAGGGUGCUUUGCCCUUGGGGAACAACUUCUCGAUGAGAUCUGACUUGGGCACUAUGAAGAUCCUUCACUUGAAGAAGAGAGGCUGUUUUCUGCUGAAGCUUUUGUGUCUGGUUGUCUUGAUGUUAAUCUUUUGUGAAUUCUUAGUUUAUUAUGUGGUGAUAUUACAGUGUCAUUGGCCAGAAGUUAAAAUAGAAGCUCUCAGGAGUAGCAGACAGUCUUCAGCUUCUGUCUUGAAGGCCAUGUUUUUAUCUGAUACCCACCUGCUUGGUGAAAUCAAAGGGCAUUGGCUAGACAAAUUAAGAAGGGAAUGGCAAAUGGAGAGAGCCUUCCAAACUGCCUUGUCGUUACUGGAGCCAGAUAUUGUUUUCAUCCUAGGAGACGUCUUUGAUGAAGGAAAGUGGAGCUCCUCCCAGGCCUGGGCAGAUGAUGUCAGGCGGUUUCAGAAAAUGUUCCGACAUCCAGUUCGCACUGAGCUAAUGGUGGUUGUUGGCAACCAUGACAUUGGCUUUCACUAUGAAAUGACUCCUUACAAGUUAAAACGGUUUGCAAAAGUUUUCAACUUCACCUCAGGAAAGCUAAUAAUCCGGAAGGGGGUAAACUUUGUCAUGGUGAACAGUGUUGCCUUGGACGGUGAUGGGUGCACUAUCUGCAGCAGGGCAGAGGCAAAGCUCAUGAAGCUUUCUCAUAAACUGAAUUGUUCCCAACAGCAGGAACAGAAUCAUUCCAACAAAAGAUGCAAUGGUAUGGAACAGCUUCCAGCUUCAGAACCAAUCCUUUUACAGCAUUACCCUCUUUACAGAAGAAGUGACGCUGAAUGUAUUGGAGAAGAUUCUGCUCUUCCAGAGGAAAAGAAUAUCCCAUUUAAAGAAAAGUAUGAUGUACUUUCUAGAGAGGCUUCACAAAAGCUGUUAUGGUGGUUUCAUCCCCGUUUGAUUCUGAGUGGCCAUACCCACAGUGCAUGUGAAGUGUUGCAUAAUGGGAAGAUUCCAGAAAUCAGUGUCCCAUCAUUUAGCUGGAGGAACAGAAACAACCCUAGUUUCAUCAUGGGCAGCAUAACACCAACCGACUUCUCCCUCUACAAGUGUUUCCUUCCACUUGAGAGCAGAGUUGUUACUAUAUACUGUAUAGCAGGGGCUCUACUUGGGGUACUGAUACUAGCUCAUCUUCAACUUUUCAAUCCACCUUUUUAUUUUGCUCAACACUUAAUCAGGAAGCAUAAAGCAGUAUGAAGAGCCAGACAUCUGCAUUCAGUUACUGAAAUACCAAAGCUGAGAACAGUCAAACAUCAGACUAUAUUCAUGCCAGCAAAUGACCUAAUUGGAUUGUUAAUCCGAAGGCAGGUCGCAUUUACACAUACCAUAGAAAUCCUACACAGUUGAUAUGACUACUACAGGAUAAAUAAUUAACUGAAAUUAACUGUUUUCAUGCUGUACAAAAAUACAGUAUUCUACAAUCAAA